GGGACCGCCGGCCCCCCUGGGAAGCUGUCAGACCGCGGGGCGUUACGCCUCAGCCUCACCGCGCACAACACGGCGCAGGGGCGAGCAGCCGGGCGCCCUUCACAGACCCCGCGGCGGGGGCGCUGCCGCCCCGCCGGGGCUGACGGGCGCGGGGGCCCGGCCCUGCCCUAACGGCCGCGGGCGGCACUCGCCUCACGCAGCGCGCGCGCAACGGCCCCGGCGCGAGGCAGGACGGCUCCCGCCGCGCCCCGCCUGUCGCGUCCACGUGAUCCCGCCUCACGCGGCAAAGAUGGCGGCGCCCAGAGCUGUCAACGUGCUGCGGGGCGGAGGUUCCGUGACUGGCUGCCACAGAAUUUUUUCUUCGUGCAAUCGUGUCUACCUGCACAGGCAGUCAAGCAAUCAACAACGAAGAUGCUUCUUUUUUCAGGGACAAAGAAAUACUGCUUAUAGUAUAGUUUUGCCAGCCACAGUUUCUCCGGCUCACCCAGUUCCCAAGCACAUAAAGAAGCCAGACUAUGUGACGACAGGCAUUGUACCAGACUGGGGAGACGACAUAGAAAUUAAGAAUGAAGAUCAGAUUCAAGGGCUUCGUCAAGCUUGUCAAUUGGCCCGUCGUGUCCUGCUUCUGGCUGGAAAGGGCUUAAAGGUUGGCAUGACAACUGAAGAAAUAGAUUCCAUUGUUCAUCAUGAAAUAAUCAGACAGAAUGCCUAUCCUUCACCUCUGGGCUAUGGAGGUUUUCCAAAGUCUGUUUGUACUUCUGUAAACAACGUGGUAUGUCAUGGUAUUCCUGACAGUCGACCUCUUCAGGAUGGAGAUAUUAUCAACAUUGAUGUCACGGUGUAUUACAAUGGCUACCAUGGUGACACUUCUGAAACCUUUUUGGUGGGCAAUGUGGAUAAAUCUGGUCAAAAGUUAGUGGAGGUUGCCAGGAAAUGUAGAGAUGAAGCAAUUGCAGCUUGCAGACCAGGGGCUCCCUUCUCUGUAAUUGGAAACACAAUCAGUGUUUCCCAAGCGUGCCCCCUGCCCAGUGGUGUAGGGCAGAUUUGUUUGGGAGCUUUGGCCUCUGGUGUCGUGCAGCAGAGCAUCGGUGUAAAAGUUUGGUCUCUGGGGAGAGACGCAGGCAGUGAGUGGGAAGCAGCUGUAGCUGGGAAUCAGUUCCCCAGGAUGUUCAGCCCAAGUCUGUGCCGCCCUAGCUGAUCAGCCAACUCUUCCACUCUGGCACCAGAGGGCACAGGGAGGUAUUGCUCCAGGCUGAAAGCAGGAUUUGGUUUAUUUUGUUUCCUCAGUGAGGGCUUAGAUUAUUGGGCCUGACUUGCCUUGAGGAAAAAGCAACACAAUCUGGUAAAAAGAAAAUAAAGUGUAGGUUUGGGUGGUUGUUUGUUUAUUUUUUGUCCCAGAAUGGGAGUCCCAGUCAUGAGACUGAGUGUAUGGUGUUUUCCUCUGGAGCUGGGAUGCCCCUUGUCCCCUGGGUGCUCCCAGAGGCUAUCUGAGGCUCUCUGGGGAGGCACAGGGCCAGCCCCCCAAGGAAAUUCUUUCAAGCUCCUUUUCAGCAAGAGGGAUUUAUCCCAUUCACCCAAAAACUCUCAAUGGAUGCUCCAGAACAUCGAGGAGAGCUUUGUAGAGGAGCAGUCCUGCCUAUUGCUGCUUUGUUGGAAUUUCCCCGUUGGGCUGCUGGCAGGAAGGCCGAGUGUCUCCAUGCUCAUCCCUCCUUUCGCAGGGAAUUAGCUGUUGUCUGGCAGCAGUUGGGAAGGAACUGACACCCAGCUCUGCUGUCCACUCUCAGAAGCAUGAAGGCACCACCUGGGAGGCUCUGCCCAUGGGUUUUAGGCAGACACCUGCCCUCAGUGACUUUCCUUUACCAGCUUGGCCACAGCCAAUUCAUCCCAACACUACGCACUUUGCCGCCUGCAGAAGAGGAGCAGUGCUGCAGGGACUCUUGACUCUGCAGCCGCUGGGCUGUAACACAUGGCAGCAAAACAUGAAAUCAAGUACUGAGCUCAUUAAAUGAUUAUGCUUUUAAUCCUGCCCAAUUCACCUCUGCCCAAGCACGCAACAUGGCUCGAAGAAUAAAAUGUGUGAUGGUAAAUGUUAUCAAUGGAUAUUUUUAACAACGAUUGUACUGAAGAAUCCUUGUCGUCCCUUUAUGCUGUCGGUGCAGUGUGGCUCUGCUGCCCAGCUGGCACCACAGGCAGUGGUGGGACUGGGAUGUACCCACAGAUGAGAGGCCCUGCAGCCCGGUUCCUCAGCCCCACUCAGCCUGACCAGCUCCUGCCACCCUCCUUCGCUUCUUUCCCACUUGCAGCCAGGACUCCUCCAGCACCCUGUUUUCACUGAGCAGGAAAUGUAAUUUUAUGAAGCUGCCUUCUGGGGAAAGCUGGAGAGAAAGGCCACUGCUGACAGAUCCCAAGCCAGGCAGUGAGGCAGCAAGACCAAAACAUUGAGCUAUUGUUGGCAGCAAAUGGCCAACUUAGGCAAAACUGAUCCACUCUGUGACAUCCAGGCUUUUUAACCAGAUUCCACAGCCUGGGAGCUCCAGUGGCCAGAGGAAUGAUCAAGAUCAGCAGUUCAGUUCACACUUCCCAGAUCUGUCUUUCAAUGUCCUCCCUGCAAGUAUCUACGGUCUACAUGAACGUUCGUGCUUACAGAAUUACCCUUGCAAGUCGCAGCUGGCAUUAGCAACCUUCUUUUAUGGAAGCUGCAUGUGUUUCACUGUACCUCCACACGGAUGUGACAGCUCACUAGGAUUUUUUAAAUACUCCAAAGUGAAGCUAGUAGUUGCGGAGAGCUUUGAAAUUCCCCAUACAGUGCUUCCGAAGCACAUGCAGAUAUUAAAACCAGAUUGAACAUGGCUGAGUUUCAUGCCUGCAGCUUAUUUUCUCCACAGGUUUUCUGUGUGUCACUCCAAGUUCGUUGGUCACGUUAAAAUUUAUAUAAAGAAGGCCCAGGCUCUGUAUGUAGACACGUUUAAGUGGGAAGGCGGAGGAGCGCAUGUGGCUGGCAGUGCUGGUGUCACAGAAGGUAACCACCCGAGUACUGAUACCAGCCGAGUUGUUUUCAAGCUCUUUGGCAAGAAAGUGGCAGAAUUCAACACUAAAACGCGCAAGAACCACUUCUUUCACCACAAGAGGAGGGGACGUGGUUGCAGCAGGGCCUCUCAUGCCUGGGUGCCCUGUGAGCAGCUGCCCCUGCUGCCACUCAGCAGCUGGGGGUGGGUGCGGGGCCCGGCAGCAGUCAGGGGUGCCCUGGGCAGGCAUUGGCGGAGCUGAACAGCUGCUGGCAUCAUUUAGGCUCUUGCAAAAAGACUCACAGAAGGAGGCAAAGGAAAAGGUUACACUGUGGUGCAUAUACGGCUUCUCCCGUCUCUUCAGAGAAUCGCUUCCCCCGUAUGGGAACCAUUAUCUGCAUUGCUCUGGGCUUGGUCACCGGAGAUCUUCCAUUUCAUUUUGUGUAUGUUUCUGAGUAAUCUGACUUUCUAAUUCCUCCCUGUUCUUCCUUGGCCUUCAGCAUCGUCCUAAACAGUCCAGGUCUGUGACCCAGACCUGGCUGGCAUGACAGAGGCACAGCAGAAAGACUUUUCCAUCACUAGUAGGACUUUUCACUGCAUAAGCCUUCAUGAUUUUUUUUCCAUGUAAAUUGUGUAGAAGAUGAAACUCUGGACCUUGAAUAUAACUAAAUGAAGCCCAAUUUCUAGCGUUACUAAUAACAACUAAACCUGAAUUUCCCAUUCUUCUCCAGAAGUAAUGAAAGAAAUGUGAUGAGUCCUUGUAUUGGGGUGACGGGUAGGUAAAAGCUACUACACAAAUCCUGUUAAAACAUGCUCUUAAGGCCUGGACAUGGCAGCACUGUCAACUGUUGACCUGUCUCCCCUCUCUCACUCCUGCAGCACGGUGGAGGCGCUCCAUGUCCUUCAGCAGUGGCAGCUGCUUCCAGGGACAGUGACAGACGGGUGCCGGCAUGAGCGCUGUGGAGGCUGCAUGGUCUUGUGUGCAGGGCAAUGGCUACGUGAGGAGACAGCUGGCACCUUUAUGCUUUUUUCUCGUCUUUCCCGCUCUUCGUCAGCCUGUAGUCACACUCUGAGGAGCAUUUGCUCAGCCACAGCUAUAGCCAAACCAGAAGUGUUAAGUGCUUGCCUUGAUUUAAAAUGAACAAAUGAGGCUUUUGAUCUCACAGACAAAAUCUGUUCAGACUGAGUGUCUUCCUGCCUUGUUCCUGUGA